UGUUGGUGCCUUUUCCUCCAACAUCAGAGGUUGAAGCUCCUGACAAACUCGAGUCCACCAGCAUCUUGCUGCCCACAAAGGUUGGAGAUGGCAGUCUUCCCAAACUCCUGUCUCCCUGGGUGUCUGCUCGUCUUCAUUCUCCUCCAGGUGCCCGAGCUGGAUUCUGCUCCCUUUGACGUGAUUGGACCCCCGGAGCCCAUCCCGGCGGUGGUGGGUGAAGAUGCCGAGUUGCCCUGUCACCUCUCCCCCAACGUGAGCGCCGAGCGCAUGGAGUUGCGGUGGUUCCGAGAGAAGGUCUCUCCCGCGGUGUUCGUGCGCCGCGAAGGGCGAGAGCAGCCCGGAGAGCAGAUGCCCGAGUACUGGGGGAGAGUGACGCUGGUGGAGGACCGCAUCGCGGAGGGGCGCGUCGCUGUGAGGAUACAGGACGUCAAGGCCUCUGAUGAUGGGGAGUACCGAUGCUUUUUCAGGCAGGACGAAAACUACGAAGAGGCCACCGUGCAUCUGAAGGUGGCUGCUCUGGGCUCUGAUCCUCACAUCCACAUGGAAGUUCAAGAGAGUGGAGAGAUCUGGCUGGAGUGUACCUCAGUGGGAUGGUACCCAGAGCCCCGGGUACAGUGGCGAACUCCCAAGGGAGAGGAGUUUCCAUCCGUGUCAGAGUCCAGGAACCCUGAUGAAGAAGGUCUGUUCACCGUGGCAGCUUCAGUGAUCAUCAGGGACACCUCCAUGAAGAAUGUGUCCUGCUGUAUCCGGAACCUCCUUCUCGGCCGAGAGAAGGAAGUAGAGAUUUCUAUACCAGCUCCCUUCUUCCCAAGGCUGACUCCCUGGAUGGUGGCUGUGGCUGUGGUCUUGAUGGUCCUAGGACUUCUCACAAUUGGGUCCAUAUUUUUCACUUGGAGACUAUACAAGGAAAGAUCCAGACAGAAGAGGCAUGAAUUCAGCUCUAAAGAGAAACUCCUGGAAGAGCUCAAAUGGAAAAAGGCUACACUGCAUGCAGUUGAUGUGACUCUGGAUCCAGAUACCGCCCACCCCCACCUCUUUCUGUAUGAAGAUUCAAAAUCUGUCCGACUGGAAGAUUCACGUCAGAAACUGCCUGAGAAACCAGAGAGAUUUGACUCCUGGCCUUGUGUGUUGGGUCGUGAGGCCUUCACCUCGGGGAGACAUUACUGGGAGGUGGAGGUGGGAGACAGGACUGACUGGGCAAUCGGGGUGUGUAGGGAGAACGUGAUGAAGAAAGGAUUUGACCCCAUGACUCCCGAGAAUGGGUUCUGGGCUGUGGAGUUGUAUGGAAACGGGUACUGGGCUCUCACCCCCCUGCGGACCCCUCUCCCAUUGGCGGGACCCCCCCGCCGAGUUGGGAUCUUCCUGGACUGUGAGUCAGGAGACAUCUGCUUCUACAACAUGACUGAUGGAUCCCAUAUCUAUACUUUCUCUAAUGCCUCUUUCUCAGGCCCCCUCCGGCCCUUCUUCUGCCUGUGGUCCUGUGGUAAAAAGCCCCUGACCAUCUGCCCAAUCACUAAUGGGCUUGAGGGAGUCACAGUAGUUGCUGAUCCCAAGGACCUUUCUAAGGACAUCCCACUCUCGCCCAUAGGGCAGGACUCUGCCUCUGGGGAUACAGACACCCUCCAUUCUAAACUGAUCCCUCCCCAGCCCAGCCAAUGGGUACCUUAAGGAACACCCCAGCUCAACCGCUUCCUUUCACUCUUACCCCCUUCUCUAUCACCCCCUGGGGCUUCAUCUGCCAGCUGUACCCAGCCCCUGUUUCUUCCUGUUGGGUAGGGGUUAAUUAAUCUUGAGAAGGUUGUGUUGCUGCU